CUUUGCCAAAUGUUCUGAAGCCUCCGAGCUUUUUGACCUUCGCGGUUUGCCGUCCACUGUGAGGCUCACGUGACCAAGUCAGUUGACUAGUCUCGGCAUAAACACUAGUGGGUCACAAAAACAAGCGACAUGGAGCAUCUCCGGGUCGACAGGGUGGGCCUUCUGUCUCCUCUGGAGGAGUCCAGCGCGGAAAUAAGCACGGACAGCGGCAUAGUGUCCCAGAGCGCGAGCAGUUUGUCCAUGGUGAGCGACAUCCUGAGCAGCGGGACCGUGUCGCAUAGCCCGAGCUUCGGAGCGGCGGCGGCGGCGGCUAACGUCGUCCCACUGAACCCGCGGCUGAACGAGGCGGCUCAGCUUGACACAAGCGAGCAGCGCGACUCGGAGCAGGACGACGACGUUCUGAGACAAACAGCUCUCGAUUACUCGUCCUACAUCAAAGCGGCAGCUGGAGAAGAGGUCCUGUACUUGGAGAAGAGCUUAGAAGAAAUGCUGACGAGAGUGGAUGAGUUUGUGGGAAUGUUGGAUAUGAUACGUAAUGAUACCUCGCAAAUAGUAAAUGAAAAUCUACCAAAAAUCCAACAGAAGUCUGAGGAAAUGAGACAAAUAUACAGAAGAAUUGAUAGAUUAGAGRCCUUUGUAAAGAUGGUGGGGGCCAAUGUCAGUGCAAUGGAGGAGCAGGUCAAGCAGGCAGAGGGAGAACUGGGAACACUACCGAGUGCUUUUAAGAAGAUCCUCCGCACAGUGACUGUCCCAGGCUUCCUAAGCCAGGCCAGCCCACGGAGAUCAGCGCCACAUCAGCGCCAGGAGAUGCCCAGCGUGUUCCGGACAGACGAUUAUUUCACGUCGCAGCCGGAGCAGUGACGGGACGUUGAAAACGUAGCUCGGUUUUAACCUCAAGAGGCCUGUUUGGUGAAACUGUGCAGACGUUUACUGCCAUCCUACUGAAGAGGAUCUAACGGUGCAACAGACUCAAAACGAAGCAAUAGGAGCUCUCUGAUCAACUCGCUGAACGUUGCGUGAGGGCGUACGACACUUUUGGCCGUGUCAUUUUUCCAGGCACUGAAGCACUGAAUUGUAGCGACAUGAUUUUUUAAAGUGCCUAAAAGGGUCUUAUGUCUUUCAGAUUUGCUUUGUGGAGAAAAAUGGGUCAGAUGUUUUAAUCAGCUGGACAGAGUCAUCCUGCUUGGUAAUAGGACUUUAAAGAUGGUACAUCAGAAGAUGCUGUUAAGAUAUUUAGAUACGCUUGAAAAAUUAACCCCCUUUUUUUUAUAAAUCACAUUCUUGUCACUGAUGUUUGUAAAGAACUGCACGCUGCUCUGGGCUGAUCUGUAUUUCUGUAUGUCUUUGAGCAAUAUUGAUGUUACUUAAUUAAGCAUUUACUGUCUUCCAUUUAAAAAUAUUCACUUUUUAUCAAGCCUUAUAUCUCUGACUGUUGAUGACUAUUAAUUUGCAAUUUUCUGCAUUACUGAUGGCAGCUUUAAAAGAAAAAAAAAAGCACAGGCACAAUGAUUAGAUUUUUUGUUGGUUUUUUUUAGUUUUGCAAGCCACACAAAUAACUGGUUGUUUAGCACCACGGAUGAAUAUUUGAUUUACAGCUGAAGAAAUGUUGGAUCCUAACUCAAAAUGUCAGCAAGGCAGCAAAAUUCACUGCUGUGAUCUAGUUAUUGCAUUAACGUGUUGAUUUUGGUUUACAUUUUUAAAAUAAUUAUUAAAUAUAUUUAAGACAAUUAAGUUUAUAUUUGGUUAUGUUAUUUAACAUUGUAAGUCAAACUUAAAAUGUUUUAUUUUGUGUUGUAAGUAUGGAUCUAGAGAAUGGAGAGGACGAUUUUUUCAUUGUUUUAAUUUCAUUGUUGUUUGCCUGCCUGAUUUUCUACAUAAAAGGUUUUUGUUUAUUAAUAAAUGUGCUUGGACAUGGCAGAAUGAAACUGGA